UCCUGACACGAAAAGACAAAUUAAUGCGAAGGAGGAAUAAUUCCCAGACGGUAGAACAUGACAGCACCAUCACCGGCUCGGAAAAGGACUCUGCACAGUUUGAAUCGCAAGUGAGACAUAAUCACAAGCCAUCGGCAGCAGCAGAGAGAGGCAGAGAGGAGGAAUCUGGAGCCAAUGCCCCAUCUCUUUCGGAUUCAGGAAUGAAAACAGGCUGCAGAAGGCGAUAUAGACUGUUGGACAGAGUCAAGAAGGUAGCGUUAUGGCUGUUAACAGUGUACAUAUGCAUUCCAUUCCUUGUGAAGCUAUGUCCAGCCAUCCAAGCCAAACUGGUCUUCUUAAAUUUUGUGCGAGUGCCAUAUUUCAUUGAUCUAAAGAGGCCACAGGACCAAGGGCUGAAUCACACAUGCAAUUUAUACCUUCAUCCUGAAGAAGCAAUUAGCAUUGGUGUCUGGCACACAGUACCAGCGAGUCUGUGGAAAGAAGCUCAGGGAAAGGAUGAGACGUGGUAUACAGGAAGCUUGAAAUCAGGCCAUUCCAUUAUGCUUUACUUCCAUGGCAAUGCAGGCACCAGAGGUGGAGACCACAGGGUACAACUAUAUAAGGUGCUCAGUGAACAAGGCUUUCAUGUCAUUGCGCUCGAUUACAGGGGAUGGGGGGAUUCAAAAGGGACCCCUUCAGAAAGUGGCAUGAGCACUGACGCUAUCUACACUUACAACUGGUUGAAAGCAAGGAGUGGUAAGAGUUCAAUCUACAUCUGGGGCCACUCAUUAGGCACAGGAGUUGGUACAAAUGUCGUAAGGCAUCUAUGUGAAAAAGAGACCCCUCCUGGUGCCUUAAUACUGGAGUCUCCCUUCACCAAUAUUCGAGAAGAAGCCAAAAGUCAUCCAUUUUCACUGAUCUACAGGUACUUUCCUGGCUUUGACUGGUUCUUCCUGGAUUCCAUCGCGGAGAACAAUAUUAUAUUCCCUAGUGAUGACAAUGUGAAACACAUCACAUGUCCAUUACUUAUUCUUCAUGCAGAGGAUGAUGGUGUCAUUCCGUUUCAUCUGGGAAGAAAGCUUUAUAACAUUGCUGCAGCUUCACAAAAGAGUCCGAAGAUACGGUUCAUUCCUUUCCAUAAAGACCUUGGCUACAGACACAAAUACAUAUAUAAGAGCCCAGAACUUCCUCAAAUAUUAAGGGAAUUCUUGAAGGACUCAACUUCUCCUCAAUAAUGAUUGUGGACCAGAGUAGACAAAGUGCAUCUUCUGAGCCGCAUGAAGAUUUCUGUUCAUACCACCUUGCUGCAUGACUCCUGUUGAUUUGCGUUUCAAGACGCGUUUCAUUUGAAGGCAAAAAGAAAAUGACCCUCUUGAAUUUUUGUCAAGUAUGAAGGAGUUCGACGGCAGAUACAGCUGAAAGUAAAGGAUGUCAACUAAUAUAUAUUUUGUUUUUUGUUUUUGGUAUAAAAAUUAAAGUCUGCAUCUUUUUUUUUCUGGACCAAGAUGAUGACAUUCUUCUAAGCAGAGUGAAUAUAGUUAGCUUUUGAAGUGCAAAAAAAUAAACUUAAGGACGAUCAGGGUAAUUUCAAAGUGGGUUUGUCGAUCAGCAUACUCCUUCAGUCAUUUCAGAAUCUUUAUUCCUAACCGUAGUCUUUCCUUCUAAGAAUUCAGACCAGUUCACCUCAUAGAUCUAGCAUUUUCACAUAUCUUCUCAAGCGUGUUGUAACAGGGAAGGUUUUAAGGGAAAUGAUGCUUAUAGACACCAUCGUAAUCUCCCGUGCUUCUAUUUAUCCAUUUGGUGCAAAUGUUAGGUAUUUGAGUGUCAGCAGUUCAGGCAUCUGUAUAUUUAAGGUGACGUAGAAUGGGUCUGUUAUUAAGCAAUUACUGGAAUGAAGUAGGUUGCAUUAAAAUGAAAAAUAAUUUGAUAUUAAUUACAGCAAUUGAUGAUGCAGGUAUAAUCUAGAAUCUCAAUGUUAAAGUAUAGAAGAUCCAAAAUAAUAGAUCACUGUCUCAGUAUACUCGUAUCACACAUCAACAAAAUCUUAUGCAUAAUCAGUGACAUCAUUUAUAUUUACAACAAAUCGCUUAAGUUAAAUAUUUUUCCCACUGUUUAUUCUCUAGCAACAUAAGACUAUUUAUCAUCCAGGCGUAAGUUACCUGCACAGAUAACUUGAUAUUUCAUAUUGACCAAUGGAUGUGUGCUCUGUGGGGCAGGUUCACUCUACCUCUCAGUGAGUUCAAGCCGCUUCCGCCAAUCUAGCUAACCUGUCUAGCAGUCCAACUGGAAGUGGUACGAUUCAUGCUUAGAUUGGUAUCCUCUCAAAACAGAACUCACAACGUACUCUUGUAUAGAUUCUGGGCUUCAGCCUUUCUUUAAAAAUGUUCAAGGUACAUAUU